AUGUCUGAAUUCGCUGAGAGGAUAGCCGCAGCUCGUAAAGAAGCAGAAACUUUAAAAGAAAAAAUUAAGAUGAGAAAAGAUACAUUGGCUGACACAUCCCUGAGAACAAUGGCCGCUGAAAUUGAUCCUUUACCAAGAAUUGUAAUGAAAGUUCGUCGUACUCUCAAAGGGCAUCUUGCGAAAAUCUAUGCAAUGCAUUGGGCUUCGGAUAAACGGCAUUUAGUGUCCGCUUCACAAGACGGUAAACUCAUCGUCUGGGAUGCUCCUACAACGAAUAAAGUUCACGCAAUCCCUCUUAGAUCCUCAUGGGUUAUGACAUGUGCCUAUGCACCAUCCGGCGCUUUUGUCGCUUGUGGUGGUUUGGACAAUAUUUGUUCUAUCUAUAACCUAAAGACAAAAGAAGGUUCCGUUAAAGUUGCUCGAGAAUUAAGCGCUCACACUGGCUACUUAUCUUGCUGUCGGUUUCUUAAUGACAGGCAAAUUUUAACAUCAUCAGGGGAUAUGUCUUGUAUUCUUUGGGAUAUCGAUGCUGGAAUGAAACUUUUAGAAUUCAAUGAUCAUUCUGGUGACCAAAUUUUUGUAUCUGGAGCCUGUGAUGCUGCAGCUAAAGUUUGGGAUAUCCGAACUGGUCGCUGUGUACAAACAUUUACUGGUCAUGAGUCAGAUAUUAACGCUGUACAGUUCUUCCCUAAUGGCGAUGCGUUUGGAACUGGCUCUGAUGAUGCUUCUUGUCGAUUGUUUGAUUUACGUGCUGACAGAGAAUUAAAUCAAUAUACACAUGAUAAUAUUCUUUGUGGUAUCACUUCUGUUGCCUUUUCGAUUUCUGGUCGUCUUCUUUUUGCAGGUUACGAUGAUUUCAAUUGCAAUGUUUGGGACACAUUGAAAGGUGAACGUGUAGGAGUUUUAGCAGCACACGAAAAUCGUGUUAGUUGUUUAGGUGUAUCAAGUGAUGGUAUGGCUUUGUGUACGGGUAGUUGGGAUUCAUUAUUAAAGGUUUGGGCUUAG